GUAGAGAGAGAGGAGGUGUCAUCUGCUGAAAGUGACGAGGAGAAAGAAAGAAAGAAAGUCACUGUCGCUUACAAGUCCACACGGUCAGCGAAACCAGAGGGGCCAGAUGACAUGGGAGCAACUGCAAUCUAUGAGCUGGACACCGCAAAGGACAAUGAUGCUCAGGCCAUCUUUGAGAGGAGUCAGAAGAUCCAGGAGGAGCUGACCGGUAAAGAGGAUGAUAAGAUCUACAGAGGAAUGAACAACUACAAAAAGCACAUCAAGCCCAAAGACUCCACCAUGGGAAAUGCAUCAUCUGGCAUGGUCAGGAAGGGCCCAAUCCGGGCCCCAGAGCACCUGAGAGCCACAGUGAGGUGGGACUACCAGCCAGACAUCUGUAAGGACUACAAAGAGACUGGCUUCUGUGGCUUUGGAGACAGCUGCAAGUUCCUCCAUGACCGCUCAGACUACAAACAUGGCUGGCAGAUUGAGAGGGAGCUGGACGAGGGGCGCUAUGGGGCCAACGAUGAUGAGAACUACGAGGUGAGCAGUGACGAGGAGGACAUGCCCUUCAAAUGCUUCAUCUGCCGAGAGUCCUUUAAGAACCCUGUCAUCACCAAGUGUCGGCACUACUUCUGUGAGACCUGUGCUCUUCAGCACUACCGCAAGUCCCAGCGCUGCUAUGUGUGUAACGUCCAGACCAACGGCGUCUUCAAUCCAGCUAAAGAGCUGGCAGCCAAGAUCGCCAAACACCAAGCCAUGCUAGACCAGCCACCCUCUGAUGAAGAAGAUUAGCAACCUACUGUAAAUACAGUACCUGUCCAAUUUCAGUGUCUGUUGUCUCUUCACUGUUUCAUUGUCAAGCCUUCCGAAAUAAAACACGAUUUUUAAA